CGGUCAGGUUUAAAAUAUUGGGUAAAUGAAAAAGACCUGAUCGCUAAUAUAUAUCUGCAGAAUAAUCUGGUUUUCAGAGACAAAAGUGAGAAAAACUUUUCAAACUAUGGCGCUACAAUUAUGGCAAAUUCUGAAAGAAGCGAUACUUGCUUUCUUUCUUUACUCUCCGCUAGUCAUCUUAACUGUCCUCUCUCUCUUCCUCGUUCUCCUCUUCGUAAUUGCUAUGUACCAAAUGGCCUUAGGCUGGUUUACUUCGCUGCUUGCUGAUCUGAGGGCUAGAUCGUCAACUACAGAUGAAGUGCCACGAAUUCCUCAGCCUGUUCAGGUUGGUGAGAUCACGGAGAAUGAGCUUAGGCAGUACGAUGGCUCUGAUCCUAAGAAGCCCCUUCUUAUGGCCAUCAAACAUCAGAUCUAUGAUGUAACUACAAGCAGGAUGGCCUAUGGACCAGGAGGACCAUAUGCUUUGUUUGGAGGGAGAGAGGUAAGCAGAGCUCUUGCAAAGAUGUCUUUUGAGGAGAAAGAUUUGACUUGGGAUAUCUCUGGUCUUAGUUCUUUUGAGCUAGAAGCUCUUCAGGAUUGGGAGGAGAAGUUCAUGAGCAAGUAUACCAAGGUUGGAACUGUCAAAGUGACCGGUUCAGAAGCCGAUUCGGGGAUUCACUCAGAUAUAGAGAUCGGUUUAAAUGUCAACGUAGAAUCUCUAAGAUGAUAAUAAUAUUUGUUUCAUUAUCUCAAAAACAAGUUUGCUGAUUAAUAAAGCAUUUUAUGAACUGCCCAAUGAGAAAGAGUUGU